GUGAAAACCUCUUUAACAUUUCACCCUCCAAAUCAAUUCUCUCUCUCCUUCAGGAGCGUCAGAUUUGUCCAUGAACAUUGCCAUUUGACCGGAGAAAUCAGCCGCUGAUCCUUCUCUUUCACCCUCUCAUCGUUCGCCAUGGAUCCCAGCCAGCCUGUAGUAGAGAACUACGCCAACCCAAAGACAUGUUUCUUUCACGUUAUUUUCAAGGCUGCUGCUUUGUCAUUUUACAUAUUAUCUGCUCUCUUCUUCGAUAAUUUUGUCAUCAUUUUUGUGGUGACGGUCUUCCUUGCUGCUCUAGACUUUUGGGUUGUGAAAAAUGUGAGCGGGCGUAUCUUAGUGGGUUUGAGGUGGUGGAAUGAGAUAGAUGAUAAUGGUGAGAGUGUUUGGAGAUUUGAAUGCCUUGACCAGGAGUCAUUGGCGCGGAUGAAUAAGAAAGAUUCGUGGUUGUUCUGGUGGACUCUUUACCUUACAGUAAGUUCACAUGUCAUGACUCGUGCUCGUUGA